CCCUGCGCACAGGGAUGACAGCUUGCAUGCCAAGCGGGUUUCAUGGUCGUCCCGAUGAAACGAGUUAUCCUCAAAACAAGAGCCAUCCGCUCCGCCCGGGAGAUUGGACGAUCAAUGACUUUCCUGACGGCCUGAGAUCCAAGCGUACACCUGUCCACCCAACUAACAAAAGCGCCGCACCUUCUCGAACACUUCGAUUUUGAGCACACGACUGCCUCAUCUCUCCCCAGCGACUUCAUCACACCUCCCGUCUACCCUGGCCCAUCCGCAAUUUCCGGCAUGAGAGUGGACUCUGCGCGCGACUUUGGAUAACAUGGAGACCGACGAUUCUCAACUCCUCCAGUACAGCACCCCCCAGCACAGCAAUAGCUUCAAGCGCCCGCGUCGUAGUCUGCAGAGCUCUACGCCCCUGAGUAGCGUGACGGAAAGCGCGUCGCCCUCACCUCGACUCUCGGGCCAGGGGUCGCUCACGCCCGAAGUCAUCGACCACAUCAAUGGCUUAAAACACCUCGACGACAAGCAGAUACUGCUGCUUCUGGAAGCGGCUCGCAAUGGAGAUCGUAUGCGCCUAUCCGGUGCCGACAGAUCGUCCAUGUCGACCAUCGGAAGCCGAAACUCCUCGUACUUGAGCGUACCCUCCAGCAGAGUGAACAGCAUGCUUUCCGAUCCCCGCUCUUCCAUCGCAUCCACCGACUCGUCCUUUACCCACUACAGCGCCGCAUCGUCGCGACUGUCUACCGCCUCCUCCCGCCUCUCUACCAUCUCUACAACUUCGGCACCGAAGAACUUCGCUUGCACAUUCUGCGACAAGGCUUUGAAGUCGAAGCCUUACUGGAAAUCGCAUGAGGAGGAGUUCCACGAGCAGAGGCUUACCUGGCGGUGUCCCGACUGUGAGCAAAUAUUCCAUGCUGGGAAACGGUUCCGAGAGCAUCACACAAAGCUACACGGCUGUGAAAAUUGCAAGCAACCAAGAGAAAGUGGUCAGCCAACCAGCCGAAAAGCGUCGCCGUGCGUCAAAAAAUAUGAGAUCGUUAUGCAUGACAAGGACGCCUGGGGCUGCGGCUUCUGCGGCUGUCUGCUGACGACGUGGGAAGAGAGAUGCGAGCACAUCGCCAUGCAUUUUGAAGAAAAGAAGUCAAAGUGGAACUUCACCAACGUUAUCCUCGGAUUAUUGAAGCAACCGGACGUGUCGGAAUCCUGGGCCAAGCUAUUGUCGCAAAGGCACGGUGAUCAACAGAGCUGGCCACGCUUCACGUGGGAAUCGAAAAAGUGCAACCGACUAAGGUACAAGCUGGAGACAAAGUGGGACACUCGGGUCUUUGACGUCGACAAGGUCGUCCAGGAGACGUAUGAGUUGGCGGAGAUUGAGUCGGCAGAUUCCACGGAAACCGCAACCGAGCCUACGUCUGAGGCAGCAGAGACCACGGAGCAAACCGAGACUGUCGAUUGCAAGAUGGAACCGUUCGAGUUUGGAAGUGAGCAGCGCCUCCAGAGCUCACAUGGCCUUCCGCCUGAGAAUACGUUGAUGGAUCUCGAUCCAGUGGAAACUCCGCAGACCAUGCAUCAAGAGUUACACCAAUCUCCAUGGCCCGUCACCACCGACAUGUCACAGAAUAACAUGACCGCCGAUGAUGGCAUGAGCACUUUCGGGGGAUUCAACGCCAACAUGGCACACAUGUCGACAGACUUCUCGCAACCGGUCAAUCAGGGCUUCCACUCCAGCUGGCCGAACGCAGGGUUCGUAUCGACGCCGGACCUCGUCGCCUUCCAGCAACCGAAUUCGUACAUAAACUACAACGCGGCACCGAAAGAGGUCGUGACCGUCCCAACGUCGCAAUAUGCCCACUUCGCGCAGUACCCGAGACAAAGCAUGCCACCAAACUUCGGUCUGCAUCAUUCCAGUAGCACAGGCUCGCGGCGAUUCGUACCUAAGCUGAUCAACAUAUCGAGUCCAAGCCACCGUGCGACACACUCGGAUCAGCCUCCACCACCUCCACCCAAAGAUGAUCACACCAACCGAUUCUCCAGGAUGAUCAUGCGAAGGCGGCCUAGUAAUAUCUCGCAGCAUACUGUCGUCUCGCAUAGGGAUAUCGGAUGGAAUGACGAGCUCAACUGGGGAUAGAAGCUUCACCAAUACCCCAUCGGUGGAGCUCGAUACUAGCCGGCAGGUUCCGGUACCGUACACCACUCUCCUUGCCUACAAACAAACAAACAAACAAAGAAAGCCUCACUGAGAAAGUGAUUCCGAACCUCGUCGUGGAAAGGCUGUCGGAUAAG